GUUAGACCACAUGAGCUAAUUAAAUAUGUUUGGUUAAGUCCCUUUUACUGAAUAUCGGUUACGUGAAAAUUUCUUCGUUCAAUAAUGUACAGACUCAGAGCAUUUUUGACGAACCGAGCUCUCUUUUGGGAGAACCCCACUUUGAAGAGAUGCUCAAGAAACUAUUGUCCACCGAAGAUCACAGUCCAACAUAAAUUGGACCCGAAGAUUGCUGGAGAGAAAUGGUGUAGCUUCACUGUCCCGUCAAGAGGGAUCCACUCGACCGGCAGAACCAAUAGGGAGAUCAACGUUGAGGAGUUCAAGACUUUGAAGAAAUCUGGAAUGACCGUGAUAGACGUCAGGGACACGAAGGAGAUAAAGGCGACAGGGACGAUUCCUGGAAGUCUGAACAUACCGCUGCAGCAGAUCAACAGUGCGCUGGGCAAGUCCGCCGAGGAGUUCAAGGCCGCCUACGGCAAGAGCAAGCCGGGAGAGAGUCAGCAAGUCUUGUUCCUCUGCCAGCGCGGAGUCCGCAGCAAGACCGCCAUGGAGAGAGCCGCCAAGUUGGGGUUCAAGAACGCCCUGUCCCUCCAAGGCGGCUGGGAGAUGUACUCUAAAUCAACGAAAGGUUAAGUGGUAACUUAGGUCUCUAACUUAUUUCUCAUCAAAACAUUGUAUUUCAAAAUUCCUUAAAGAUGUUUGUAUUUCAAAAGAACAGUGUAACCGGAAUUAUAAAACUUAAUUGAUUAAAAUUAAAUAGCUUACCGUAA